AUGGCACCCAGCAGAGCCGUUGAAGAGCCCUAUCCUCCUCUGUCUUUGACCUCAGCCGAAUCCGAGCAACUGAUCGCAAGCAUCAAGGACUGGUCAAUCGCUCAUGGGUUGGCAGUGAGGCCACCGCCGGCUGUGGUCUCGGCUGAAGCAGAUCCUCUCGGAAUCCUAGCAACGACCGCUCCUGUCACCCUGUUCCCGAGUCCCUUCCCUCGAGUAUGCUUUGAGCAAGCUAAGUCUAUCCAAAAAGCAUACAAUCAGUUGUAUGCCUCGAUAGCACAGGAUGAAGAUUUUUUGCAAGCCAUUGUACAGGAAAUAAUCGAAGUCGAUGAGUUUAUUGCAGAGUUGUGGCAGGUCCAUCUGAAAGUCAAAAAAGAAGGCUAUGUCCAGAAUCUUUCCCUUGGACUUUUCCGUUCUGAUUAUAUGGUCCAUCAAAGCACCACCGAUCAUGCGCCUACCAUCAAGCAGGUCGAGUUCAACACCAUUGCCUCGUCGUUUGGCGGGCUUUCCUCCCAGACCUCGGAGUUACACAAAUAUCUCUCACUCAGUGAAUAUCCCUUGUUGGAGAAAAAUCUCCAGACCAAAGAUAUGAGCCUCCCUGAAAAUAAGAGCACCAGGUUUCUGGCAUCAGGAUUGCGUGCUGCUUUCGACUUUUACACAAAGUCCGAAACCAGCCACCCAUGCUGCAUACUCUUCGUCGUACAGAACCCCGAACGGAACAUUUUUGACCAACGACAUCUCGAGUACGAAUUACAACAACAUGGAACUCCUGUCUUCCGCCUUCCGUUUGAGGAAACACUUACUCGGACCUCCAUUGAAGAUACGCCCAGACGCCAGCUUCUGUACUACCCACCCAGUAACCCCUCAAAAGUCUUCGAAGUCGCCGUUGUAUAUUUUCGCGCAGGCUACGGACCAGGAGACUACCCAGACGAGUCAGCGUGGAAAGCCCGUCUCCAAAUGGAGCGCUCCAACGCCAUUAAAUGCCCAACAAUUCUCACUCAACUCGCCGGGGCCAAAAAGGUGCAACAAGUCCUCGCUACACCAACCUCACCAUCUAUGCCUUCAAUAAUCACACGCUUCAUCGAAUCCGGAACCUCCUCCAUUCAAGGCCUCGAAGAUACCUUCACAAAUAUUUAUCCUCUAGAUGACACACCCGCCGGUCUCGCCGCCCGCAAACUUGCCACCGACCCCGCCAAAUGUCAAGGCUACGUUCUGAAGCCCCAGCGCGAAGGGGGUGGAAACAAUAUAUACCGCUCCGCCAUCCCGCCUUUCCUCGCCGCCCUGCCCGAGUCCCACUGGAAAUCCUUCAUUCUAAUGGAAAUCAUCAUCCCGCCGCCGGUGCACAACCUCAUUCUCCGAAAUGGCGUCCUAGAGCAAGGUGGCGUAAUCUGCGAGCUGGGCGUCUACGGAACCUGUCUCUGGGAUCAGGUGUCCAAGGAGGUGCUGCAUAACGAAGAGGCGGGCUACUUACUGAGGACCAAGGGCGACAAGAGCGAGGAGGGGGGUGUCGCGGCGGGCUUUGGGAGUAUGGAUAGCUGUCGACUGGUAUGA